AUGUCGUGCACGUACGCAUACCGCUUCAAGUUUGUCACCAUCGGCGACGCAGGCGUGGGGAAAUCGUGCCUGCUGCUGCAGUUCACGGACAAGAGGUUCCGGGAGGUGGAAGAUCUCACCACCGGCGUCGAGUACGGCGCGUGCGUCGUCGCCGUCGACGGCAAAAACACUAAGCUCCAGAUCUGGGACACGGCUGGCCAAGAAGCAUUCAGAUGCAUAACUAGAUCAUACUACAGAGGAAAUGCUGCUUGCCUUUUGGUUUACGAUAUCACCAGGAGGGAGACUUUUUUUAAUCAUCUUGCAAGCUGGUUAGAAGAUGCAACGCAGCAUGCGAGUGCCCGCAUGACAAUAAUUCUGAUCGGAAACAAAUGCGACUUAUCUCAUAGACGUGUUGUAAGCUAUCAAGAAGGUGAACAGUUCGCCAAGGAGCAUGGUCUCCUCUUUAUGGAGGCAUCAGCAAAAACAGCUCACAAUGUUGAGAAGGCAUUCAUCCUAGCUGCUAGAACUGUACACAAGAAAAUCGAAGAUGGAGUUAUUAAUUUAUUAGACGAGGAUUAUUUCUGCGCCAUUACUAGAAUUUAUAUUCCUAGUAAUAUCAUUAAGAAAUACUUCGACAACAUGAAAGAAGUUGCCACCAUGGGAGCAAGGAAAACUUUAGCGAUGUUCAAGUCACUAUAUCCCCGAAUGGAUAUAAAUGUUGCUGGAGAUGGUUUUCUUGAUGGCACCAUCGAUGAGCAAGCCCUGGAGCUGAUUAAUGAAGCUCAAGAGUCCGCUGGAAAAAUAGCCUUUGAUGUAUUAGAUAACUUCUGUGAAUGA